CCCUCAGCCCCUCCCCUUGUUUCCGGCUUCCCUCCUUCGCUGACUCCCAGCCGGAGAUCUGGGUGAUGCGGCCGGGCAGAGACCGGGAGCCGGGCACAGGAGCAGGACGUGGACCUUGUCAUGUGGUAUCUAAUCUCUGGAUUGCUGCUCCAUGUAGUACGCCUUGCCGUCACAAAUGACUCCUCCAAUCCCCAGAAGAUGGAUCUUCCAGGUGAACACGUUGCAUACUUUCUGUACGGUAACCCAGAGGUGGCCGCCCUCUGCUCCCAGGAUCCUCACUGUCCCUUUAGAGAGCACCUGACCAAUGGGAGGUCUUGCUGGGGCUAUGAGGAGUCGUGCAGGAAGGAGCACAGGUUCAGCUAUCCCGUCUGUGACAAGGUUGACUUUUCUUGGGCAAAGAACUUGGAGGAGGCUCAAGAAGUGUUCUGGAGACAGGCAGACUUCGGAUAUGUGAAGGAAAGGAUCGAUGAAAUGCAAGUUUUGUGUCAUCCUCACGAGCCGGGCGACUCGCUACUGGCCUGUUCUGCCAACCUUCAAUACUGCAGAGCCACCAACCUCUACCUGGACUUGAGGACACCUAGAAGAGGCCCUGACAGAUUUAAGGAGGAUUUUAUCCAGGAUGGAGAGAUUGGAGGUCACUGUGAACUGGACUCCAAAAAGCUGCAGUCUCAAGGUCAGCGGAAGGGCCCCCUGCAGUCUUGGUUUGCAGAACUGCAGUCAUACAGCUCCUUAUCCUUCAGACCUAUAGAGGAUGGACACUGUAACGUCGUCAUUGAAAAACCAACUUAUAUCAUGAAGCUGGACGCAGGUGUAAAUAUGUAUCACCACUUUUGUGAUUUUGCUAAUCUUUACAUAACACAACAUGUGAACAACUCCUUUAGUACUGAUGUUCAGAUUGUCACGUGGGACACAAGUUUCUAUGGCUAUGGCGAUUUGUUUGGGGAGACGUGGAAAGCAUUUACUGACCAUGAAGUCAUCCAUUUGAAGGAAUACGAUUCCAAAACGGUUUGCUUUAAGGAUGCCGUGUUCUCUCUCCUCCCCAGAAUGAGAUAUGGGCUGUUUUACAACACGCCUCUGAUCUCUCAUUGCCAAGGCACCGGAUUGUUUCGAGCGUUUUCCCAACACGUGCUCCACCGGCUGACGAUCGCCCAGGAAACAUUAGAGGAGGAGAAAAUCCGAGUCACCAUUCUUAUCCGUAGCACGGAGUUCCGAAAAAUAUUAAACUUGGACAAGCUGGUUGGUGCCUUGAAGACGGUUCCUCUCUACAAAGUCAAUGUUGUGGAUUACAAGUUCAGAUCUCUGGGAUUUCUUGAACAACUAAAGAUCACACAUAAUUCCGAUAUAUUUAUUGGGAUGCAUGGGGCUGGGCUGACACAUUUGCUGUUUUUACCAGACUGGGCCGUUGUAUUUGAGCUGUAUAACUGUGAAGAUGAAAGGUGUUACUUGGACUUGGCAAGGCUUCGAGGAGUUCACUACAUCACGUGGGAGAAGGCCAGCAAGGUUUUUCCUCAGGAUAAGGGACACCACCCGACUUUGGGGGAGCAUCCGAAAUUCACAAACUACUCCUUCGACGUCGACGAAUUCACGAGGCUGGUAGGCUCGGCGGCGGCUUACGUGUCCCAUCAUCCGAAGUGGCCGUUUCGAAGACCGCGUGAUGAGCUUUGACCGUUGGGAUCCAACAUAGAACUUAUCCACAUUUUUACAUACAUUUAUUUUAUUCAGUGUAAUUUGUUUAUUUAUUAGUAUUGUGUUUUUUUUGUGUUUUUUUUUAUGUUGUUGAUCAAGAAUUUUUAAAUAGGCAGAAUUUUAUUUUUUUUACCCAUCAUGCAUUGCUUCCGCAACACACCUCACUCGCUAGCCCGGAACAUAAGCCAUCACUGACACGAAUUGCCUUCUAGGUGUCAUGUUGUACUCGGCUAAAAGGCUUUAUCGCAUGAGUGAAGUCUGAUAAGAGAGCUUAAAAUUAAAUACAGCGGCUCCGUUCAGUGUCAAAGGAAGCAAGGAUUCUAGAGAUCAGGACUGGCACACAAAAUGAAGAUUAAGUUAUUUAAAGGGAAAAGAUAAUAGUUUUGGGCCAAAACGUUAAGCAAAAAAAAAGUUGAACUCCAGACAGAUACAAAAGACACAAUUAUACAGCUCUGUAUUAACAAAUGUUUCAAUGCAUUUUUUUAAUGCAACUAGUGUAAGCGGCUGAAUAUGACUUGGUAAUGGCCUCUGACAGCCACCUAUACAGCAGAUCUCAGACUGAGA